GUCAAUAAAACAUGAUGAAAACUAAAUAAAAAUGACAUAAACAUCACUACGUUUCAGCAUACUCAAACCGAUUUCAAUGAUUCUAUUCAUAAUUAUCGGUUUCCUACCAUAUUUAUAUGGUGAGAUUGUGAGAAUUCCUCUCCACCCUUUGAAAAGAUCUGAUUCAUUGGUGGGACUUGGUGCGACUUACUUUAAGCCUUCGACGAGAAAAUGGAAGUAUGAAUGGAAUAAGCAGAAUACAUCUACACCGGAACAAUUGAUUAAUUAUGAAAACGUAAGUGUAUCAAUCAUGUUCAUAGUAUGAAAUCCAACUUAAUGUAUAUCUAAUAAGCAACACGAAAUAUGAAGACUUUCAUUCUUGUGUUUGAAAUAAACUAAGUGGACUAUUUUCCAAAAGUAACCACGAUGACACAGCGACGUAGAAGUUGAAGUUAUGGUGUUUAACUGUUGAAGUAUGCCUGUGAAAAUCGAUACAACGGAAUAUUGCUCAUUGAUAUAAUUCUCAACAGGCAAAGUAUCAUAGAUUCAUUGAAAAAUCCGGCAAUUUAAUCACCGAUACAAAUAACAAAAUAUCAUGACCAGAAGUGCAUAUUAUCUGAAAGUUAUUUCAAAUUAAAAGAAUUUUUAAGGUAUAGAAGAAUAAUUAUUAUUUGCAUAUCACACUGUCUAAAUGUUGAAUGCGAAAUAAUCUUUUAAUUUAGCUUCAGUAUUAUGGUGAGAUAUCAGUUGGAACUCCACCUCAAAAGCUACGAGUAUUGUUUGAUACAGGAUCCACUGACACAUGGUUAGCUUCAAGGAAGUGUUGGUUUCUUGAUAUAUUUUGUUGGAUGUUUUCGUUUUACGAUAGCUCGAAAUCGUCGACUUUUGUAGCAGAUGGUUCCAAUUUUAAUGUCCAAUAUUUAGACAGUAAUUACUCUGGAUUUUGGAGUAUGGACACUAUACGAAUAAACCCGUUGGAGAUUCGGAAUCAAGCGUUUGCUGAAAUGAGGAGUAUAUUUAAUCUCGAUUACUUAUCUGAUAAAUAUGAUGGAAUAAUUGGCAUGUCGAAUAGACGGAUAUCGGAAUAUGGAAACAUUCCAAUGUUCCCGAAUAUACUAGCUAAUGGUGUGAAUAUGAACCCAAUAUUUUCAUUUUAUUUAAAUCGUUUGCAAAUAAAUGGGAUAAACUUUUGCAACAUAUGUUCUGCUGUUAUUGAUACUGGAACAUCUUUAAUUAUUGGACCAAAUGAACAAGUGGAAAGAAUCAAUUCUUUACUUCAUGCUUUUGAUAAUUUUGGAAGAAACGUCAUUGACUGUGGUCGAAUUGAUAUGCUCCCUUCGAUUGAGUUCAUAUUUCAUAGGAAAAAGUACAUUCUGAAGCCACAACACUAUGUAGUCAAGGAGACCGAUUUCUUUAAAACAAUUUGUUUGUCACCUUUUCAAUCUCAUUUUUCGUUACCUCCUAACUAUUGGGAUCUUGGUGAUGUUUUUAUGGGAAAAUUCUAUACUGUAUUCGAUUUCGGUCAGAGAAGAAUUGGACUGGCUGAUGCUGUGGGAGCAUAGAGAUGAGCUCAUUGACGAAAAUAAAUGGUUGUAUGCAAUAAAAAAGAAAUAAAUAAACAAAUUGUUUGUGUCAAUAUACACGCAUUGUGAAGUUGGUGUAAGAAGAAAAGGUGUAUAUCUAUAUAUGUAUAUAUGUUUAGUGUUAAAUUUUUUCGUAAGACGCUACUUAUGAAUUGUCUUGAUAGAACAUUUUUGUUACAAGGAUUAUAAUAAUUUGAGGUAGCAAUUGGGAACCAUUAAUUUUCGAUAGGAGGAUUGCGAUAUCCUACUGAAGUAUAAAUAGUGUAUCGUGGGGCGGUAUAAUAUCUGUAGUGUCGGUAAUUAUGCCAAGCCCAUAUACCUUAUUCGAGCUUCCGGACAUCCCAUUUUAUUCAUUCUACUCGAGCCAUACUUUGACCUUGUUAUUUAUUCGCUUAUCAAUCUAGACUGUUUUUAUAUGAGCGUAUAUGUGUGUGCCCUUCUUAUUCCAUUAAUCACAUGUCUGUAGCUUUAUUUUGUCUGACUAUAAAUAUUGAGUAACGCUUGACAAAGAUGGAGUUGGCUUCCCAGCCAUCUUCCCUGCGUGUCAUUUUGCUCUGUUCUAUUACAUUCACUUUACAUACAAAAUAUAUGUAUUCAAAAUCCCAUUCUCGUUAUUUGACUUAUCUAAAUUCCGUUAUUGACUAACGUGAUUUAGGUCGACGAUGAUAUACGAGAAAAGGCGAUAACAAACAUCCAUACAAUAUAAAUUGGAGUCAGAUCAACGGGCCACUAAAUAUCUAUAAGGAGAGAGGUUUAGUAAACAUGUUGAGUAAAAAUAAUAACUAAGCACUGUAUGUUCUUAAAAUUUCAUCGGUGGAACAAAAUGGAGUUAUAAGUUUGAUUAUUUUUAAAGGGAGGAUCGAGCUACAGGUAAUAAUAAAUCAGAAAAUAGUGGUAUCGAUUUUACUUCAUUCACAGAUUAACAAAUUAUUCAGAAGUUCCGAAAACUUACAAGUAAUUCAUAAGAAGUAAGAGUAAGGAUGAGACGGUUUUAUUUUUGGUAAAGUUAUGCAUGAUAAAAUUAAGGAGAUCUACUUACUUGAUAGCACCAAUGUAUGCAAACGAUGGUUUAUUUAGUAUUGUGAAGACGACAAUAAGGUUUAGUUAGACUCUCCACUUUCAUAAAGGGUUGGGUUCAAGUAUACUGGAUGUGAAUUCGUAGUUUAUGGUAGAACCAUCCCUAGGUAUGCGUAGUGUUAAUCACAGCAGUAUUUAUUUCGAUCUAUGUUUAUUAUUAAUGUUGACGCUAUUCAGAAUGAAAGUGCAUCAUUCUAGGCGUAGUCGGGUACAUAAUUCGUGGAUUAAAAGGUGAAUCAUAUUUAUAGAAGUUACGUUGUAUGAAAUACAGAAUUAAUUUACAGUCAGAAGUCGGUGUUCAGACCUUUCCUGAAAAGAACAAACUGUAGAAAUACUUGGGUCUUAAAUUCACAACUGCAUGAAACCUAGAUAACGCCUCCCUAUUUAUUGUAAAGUCAAAAUAAAGUGGAUGAUUAAUAAGGCGAAUCUAUCCACAUUUAUAAGUGUCAAGAUCAAAAUCCCAUUUUCAGAACUACAAGGGGACUGUUGAGUUCAAUACUUAUACAGUCUUGUAUACGGUUGGACUCACAACAAGAAAAUAAAUACACUACAUCAAGAUUGGCCAAAAUACAGAGAAGGUGUAAACAUACAAGACUAAUCACAAAUCACACUCGUAUGUAUAUUAGUUAGACAUUUCACCUCUAACAGAAAUAGGCUCAUUAAAUCCUGACUCAAAUGUCAGUGUUAACUAUCGCUUAUAGAAUCUGUUUGAUGAAUUCGUACUAUUACAAAUUCAAGAGUGAAGAUAAACAUACUUACCUACUUAUUCACACCUGUGACCCCUCGUGAAUCAUAGGCAGCGAAUCACAGUUCUUUAACCAACUCUUUAUUCGGAUCUACUGUUCACUUGUUUCCAAGUGUUAAUUAUUCUUUUGUUGUCUGCAUCCAAUUCUUUGUGCAAUAUGUUGUUUGGUUUGCCUCUUCUCCCUGAAUCUUCAGGAUUUGCAGUUCAGGUUUGCCUCAUGAUGUAGUUUUAUGAUUACUGAAAUGUAUAUACAGUGUUUACACAAAACUAUUAGACUUUUGGUUAGAUAACGAUUCAACGACUAAAGGAGAUAUGGAUGCCAGCAACAAUGGGACAUAUCACACUUAGACGCUCAGAAUACAAAUUAUCAGGGUAUAUUUAUAGGAAUAUUCGUCAAUAUUAGAGCGAAUACUUUGACAGAAGUUGGGCGCCGGGUAUAUAGAAGACAUCAUUUGUAUAUCUUCUGAUAGGACGGGACCUAAAUGUAUAAAAAUCAAAGCACGCAAGCAAAGGUAUAAAAAUUUCGUAAUACCUUACCUAGUAGAUAUACUGUGUGACAAACAGGCUGUUGGAGAUGACCUAGUCGAUAACCUGUAUUCUUAUACAUGUCUCUAAUUGAAAAGUUGUAUAGAUUCACGUAAUUUUUCACCUUUUCCUUUUUUGUUUUGUAAAAGAAACUUGUGCUGUGAAUUCUAUAUUGUACCGAAAUAAAAUAUUGAAUAAAGCCAUUAACAAUAAUAAAAUAAUCUUAGCGAUUGAAACUUAAAUAAUUCCAACGUUACGUCCAGUAAACUUGUCUGAACCUCUUCUGGGUAAUAAUCAAAAUCAAAAUUUUCAAAGAAUAUAUAAUGUUUAACAAUCAAAUCAAAACUUCAUUGUGUUUAUCCAAUCAUAUUUAGAUGUUGGUUUUAGUAAGUAGGAUAACAUGAGUCAGUUAUACGCGGAUUAUGUGAAAAGUCCACAAUCUGAAGAUAACUGAAUGAAUUGUUUGUUUGUGUAUGUUUAAUUUUCAGGUUUUGGCACAUAAAAUAAAGAUUGAUAGCAGAAGCGCCGGGUUAAUAAGAGCUAAUAAGAGUUCUAGUGAGUAGUCGUGACCAGUAGAGCUAAUCCAAGUCAGAUUGAAACAGGUAUCUACCUCAGUAGAAUGGCAAAUGUUGGCGCGAUUUCGUAGAUUGGUUGGAGUUAGACAAUAACAUCGUUGGAUACCGGCUCAGUGGUUUGGAGGUUAAGCGUUCGUGAGCUAGACUGAAGGACCUGCGUUCGAGUCCCGCGGGUGGGAUCGGGGAUGCGCACUGCUGAGGGUACCCAUACUAGGACAAAAUGGCCAUCCAGUGACUCCAGGUUUUUAAUUGUGGUCUGAUGUCAAUCGAUUCAUGAUCUCAAUCAAAAACGAAUAAGAACAGCCUGAAUGGAAACGGUAUUCAACUAGCUACCACAUGGCAAAUGUUCAUUCACAAGUAAUCGGACUCUUUCUCUAUCCAACCUGUUUAUUUCAUAUGCAUCAUUAUUCUGACAGAAAUCAAUCUGGGUUAUUUUAGCAAUACAAUUAUGUAUUUGAUGGUUCGCACUUUACAUGCACAUUGACUACUCACAAAAAUUUCAACCUCAACUUGCACUUUUUAUAAAACAAAUUAACACCGAAUAUUAACUAUUAAUAACUCAGUCUUACACAUACAUACACAUAUAAUUCAUUCAGUCAUUUAUUUUGAUAUUGUGAACUUUUCACAUGAUCCUCAUAUAGCUGACUCAUGUUAUUGUACUUACUAAAGUCAACAUCUGAAUACGAUUGAAUAGCACAGUAUAGACUUGAUUUGAUUGUUAAACACUAUACAUUUCUUUAAUGAUUUUCACUUUGGUUAUUACCCUGAAGAGGUUCAAACAAGAUUGCUGGAUGAAACUAUGGAAUUAUUUUAAAUUACAAUCGCUGAGAUUAUUUCAAAUACAAUUUUCACAUAUAAUAUCAGUGUGUAUGUUUGUGAAAAAGAAAUAACGAUUAUGUUUGCGUUCAGGUUAUCAGAAAAGGACAAUGUUGGUGUAAAUACUUGAUGAAUGUCAGGUGGUUCGAAACACUAUGUACAUCACCAUUUGAAUUCGAUGAUCAUUAUAUCCUUGGUAAUGUUCUUAUGGAAAGAUUCUAUACUGUAUUUGAUUUCGGUCAGGAACGUAUUGGAUUGAUUUAUAUUUUAAAUCACAAGAAUUAACUGGACAAAUCUUAAUUGCAUAUGCAAUACAUCGCGAAUUUACGUUUUAGAAAUCCUCAUGCAAUUGCUAACUCUGAACAAAUGAUAUUUUGAAAUUUUACAUACGAUAUGUUGUAUUAGCUAUUUUCAUUCAAACUAUAAACGUGUUAAAAGCACGAAUCAACUUGUUACAUACUGCCUUAACUGUGUUUUGGUGUCUUACAAAAAAAAACUUAUUAUAGAUAGAAAUUCAAGACAAGAAGUUUCUUGUCUAUAAAAAUAGUCAACCUUAUACUAUGUAUUUGAGUUUGUUACUAACAUUUUCG